AGCAGUCGAUAGUAUACACUCAACAAGCUCGGAAACUAUCUCUGACUCAAGCCACACAAACUAUUUUUUUUUUAUAUACAAAUAUAUACUACAAAACUUGAGGAAGUAUAGAAAUGGCGCUGCGAACACAGAGGUAUAUAUACUUGGCGGGAUCCAUGGUCCGGCGUUUCCAUGCAGCUCAAUAUCUGCGGAACAGCAAUGUGGCAGUGUCCAAUUUCGAGGCAGAUCAAUUUCUUCCCUACAAGAAGAUGCAGGAGACUCUGGAUCGUGUUGCUGGUCGCCUGAAUCGACCCAUGACGCUGUCGGAGAAGAUUCUGUAUUCCCACUUGGAUGAGCCGGAUUCCCAAGAAAUUGAGAGGGGUAAAUCCUAUCUGAAACUGCGACCGGAUCGAGUGGCCUUGCAAGAUGCCACCGCUCAAAUGGCUCUUCUCCAGUUUAUCUCCUCCGGUCUGAAGAAGGUAGCCGUUCCGUCAACUGUGCACUGCGAUCACUUGAUUGAGGCCCAAGUGAGCGGCGACAAGGAUUUGGCCAGAGCAAAGGAUCUCAACAAAGAGGUCUACGAUUUUCUAUCCUCGACGUGCGCGAAAUAUGGCUUGGGCUUCUGGAAACCCGGCAGUGGAAUUAUCCAUCAGAUAAUACUAGAGAACUACGCCUAUCCGGGCCUUCUGAUGAUCGGAACCGAUUCCCAUACCCCAAAUGGCGGUGGUUUGGGAUGUCUAUGCAUUGGAGUCGGUGGUGCCGAUGCCGUCGAUGUGAUGGCCAAUAUUCCCUGGGAGCUCAAGUGUCCGACUGUAAUUGGUGUCAACCUAACGGGCAAGAUAAGUGGAUGGACUUCAUCCAAGGAUGUGAUACUCAAACUAGCAGAGAUCCUGACGGUCAAGGGAGGAACUGGUGCCAUUGUGGAAUACCAUGGACCAGGCGUGGACUCCAUUUCUUGCACCGGCAUGGCCACCAUUUGCAAUAUGGGUGCGGAAAUUGGAGCUACCACUUCGUUGUUCCCAUUCAAUGAGCGUAUGACCACCUACUUAUCUGCCACCGGAAGAGGUGCAAUCUCUGAGGAGGCCCAGAAAUACAAAAAGAUGUUCACUGCCGACGAGGGCUGCAAAUACGAUCAGGUCAUCGAAAUUAAUCUGGAUACGCUUGAGCCCCUAGUGAAUGGCCCAUUUACACCCGAUUUGGCCCAUCCCAUCAGCAAGCUGGGUGAUGAUUCCGAAAAGAAUAAGUAUCCCAUGGACAUUAAGGUGGCCCUCAUCGGUUCCUGCACGAAUUCCUCCUACGAGGACAUGGGCCGUUGCGCCAGCAUUGCCAAUGAUGCUUUGAGCCAUGGUUUAAAGUCCUGUGUACCCUUUAAUGUCACACCCGGAUCCGAGCAGAUUCGAGCCACCAUUGCCAGAGAUGGAAUCAUUGAAGUUUUGGAGAAAUUUGGUGGCACAGUUUUGGCCAAUGCCUGUGGACCCUGCAUUGGGCAAUGGGAUCGCAAGGAUGUCAAGAAAGGAGAAAAGAACACAAUUGUGACAUCAUAUAACCGCAAUUUCACUGGACGAAAUGAUGCCAAUCCGGCCACACAUUGUUUUGUUACCAGUCCGGAAAUGGUUACCGCUUUGGCCAUUGCCGGACGUCUCGAUUUCAAUCCUGUAAGCGACGAACUUGAGGGAGCGGAUGGGAAACUUUUUAAAUUGAAACCACCUAUAGGCGCUGAGCUCCCCACCAAGGGCUUUGAUCCUGGCGAGGACACCUAUCAGGCUCCGCCAGCGGAUGGUGAAAGUGUCACGGUCAAUGUAGAUCCCAAGUCGGAGCGUCUGCAGAUACUGCAACCAUUUGAGAAAUGGGAUGGCCAGGAUUACGUAGAUAUGGCGGUUUUAAUAAAGAUCAAGGGGAAGUGCACUACGGAUCACAUAAGUGCGGCCGGACCCUGGCUCAAGUACCGAGGUCAUUUGGAUAAUAUAUCGAAUAAUAUGUUUAUUGGAGCCACCAAUGCCGAGAAUGGUGAGAUGAACAAAGUCAAGAACCAGAAAUCAGGUCAAUUUGAUGCCGUUCCUGCCGUGGCACGUGAUUACAAGGCCAACAAAAUCAAGUGGUGCGCCGUGGGUGAGGACAACUACGGCGAGGGCUCCUCCCGGGAGCAUGCUGCUCUAGAACCUCGCCAUUUGGGUGGAGUAGCCAUCAUUGUCAAGUCCUUUGCUCGCAUCCAUGAGACGAACCUGAAGAAACAAGGGAUGCUAGCCUUGACAUUCGCCAAUCCAGGUGAUUACGAUAAGAUCCAACCCUCGAGCAAGUUAUCGUUGCUAAAUUUGAAGGAUCUUGCGCCUGGAAAACCCGUGGAAUGCGAAAUCAAGAAUAAUGGGAGCUCGGAGAAAAUCCAAUUAAACCAUUCAUUUAACGAAGGACAGAUUCUUUGGUUUAGGGCCGGCAGUGCCUUAAAUCUCAUGAAGGAGCAGGCGGCCGGCGGGGUAUGUUGAAAGAAAUAAUAUCCAACACCAAGAUGGAAAAUUUAAGCCAGCAUUCACAUAAAUUAUAAUAAUGUUUAUUUUAAUUAUAAACAUGUUUUUUUGGCAAGUAAUAAAAGUGUUACCAAAUUUUUAAGCAGUUA